AGGGGUACAAACUGCAGGGCACGUGCACGGACAGUGCUUGCACAUCACCAUAAGUUCAUAAUUCUUGGCCACUCGCUCGAAGUUUGUAACUUAGUAAAGACGUUUUUAAAGCUGCCGCGAACCGCAGCGGCUUCCAUGCGCAGGGCGGAGGCACAACUUAAGUGAUCAUUCAACUUGGACCGAGCGAAACUCGGAGCCAUGGCUUGUGCUGCUGAGGAAGACCCGGGUGCCACUCUUCGCGGUUUCGCCAGAAUCCUCGCCGAUACGGAUGCUGAUGUAUUCGGUAGUAAGGACGACGUGCUCGCUAUCUUCGACGCCGCCGACGAAGAGUUCUGGAACCUUAACGAGCCCACUCUACUUGUGAGCCCCCUCUGCACAUACGACGGCAACAAUCCGUGCUGGGCGGUCAGUCUGCAGCUAGCGUGGAACGAUUUGUUCAACCACCGCGGAGUCGAGCUGAUCCAGCUGCAAAAAGGAACGCUUCACUUUCGGACACUAAACGUCGAGCCGGAUGACUUGUGUGCAGAAGAUGACGUCAAGUUCCUCUGCCUGUACCUGUGGCUUUUGCGACAGCAUCGCUGCAUCAGUGGCGUGGUCCUUUCCAUUCCCGUCGCCGCACCAAGGCACGGCUCACUCUUCUUGUCCCUGCUGAAGCUCACGGAGUUUGUGGAAAAGUGCGAGAUACACGGCAACGAUCUGUUCAGAGCCCCUUGUCUCGGAGGGUCGGAGCCUUGGAUAACCGCUCUGGACAGUCUAUCUCGACUAAGAGAGCUAGGAUUGUCUACGGUGCACCUGAUCGAUCAUGAGGUCACUACCCUGGCCAAGCUCGUGGAAACAAACGCGUUUCUGGUCGCCCUCGUUCUCAUCGACGUAGAGAUGAGCCUCCUCGCCUUCUCCGAGCUCGUCACUAAAGUAGUUGAGCACAAGAAACUACAGGACUUUCGAAUCAAGAUGACCACCAAAGAACCUCAGUCCAUUUUCACGGAAGCGCUGUCUCUAAUCGGCCGGUCGCUCACUAUAACGAGGCUGUACGUCCACGUCGACCACGGCUUGGUAAGCCUACUUCAAGGUCUCGUCGGCAAUUCUUCGCUGUACCAACUGACCCUGGAGCCCAUUAUUCAUGACGGGCAAGUGCUGCAUGCGCUUGCGGAUUUCCUGGAGAACAAUGUGUCCUGCAAGCGCUUGAAGGCCUGUUUCGACACGAGAAAACUUUUGAGCUUUGACUGCGCGCUCGACGACAUGCAGCGAAUUGUGGGCAAAAGUUCGCUGGUUAUCCUGGUGCUUUCGGGCUCGGUGCUUGCGCCUCUCCCGGUGAAUCACCUCGCCGAAGGGCUUGCAGUGAGCAGGACGCUCUGCGAGCUUCAUGUGGACGAGUGCGAGCUCAUGCCCACAGAAGGCCUGUCCUUCGUUAAGGCCCUCAAAAGGCGCUUAGUAUUUGGUCGGUUUAAAGAACUCAACCUGGGAGCUCUGGACGGGGAGCCGGAGGAGCAGUUGCUGUUGUUUAGGCACAUAGUGGAAGCUGGUGUGUGCGACAGGGUCACAGUCGUCUUCAACGACUGCCUCGUGAUGCCUUUGUGCGACGCACUGCGAUGGAACUCCAGGCUUGUCAACGUGUCCAUCUCGUACGACGAAGAGAUAGACAUUGAACCUAUUCUGCUUGCCCUAAAGAACACGGCGAGGUCUCUGGAAAGUCUCUGCGUCAGCACGCUCCAAAAUGUCGGGAAACUCGGCGGUCAUUUCCUGGCUCAACUUAUCCGGAGCGCCAAGUCGCUCAAAGUUGUCCGACUGCGCUGCUACGUCGUUCCGAGCGCCGCCGUCCUGAUCCUCAAGGCGCUGGCACGUUCCAGGAGCGUGCUCCUCUUGACCAUCGAGCACUGGGAGUGGACCGCGAGCGUCCGACGAGCGUUCGCCGACAUGCUUCAGCUGAACCGGAGCCUGUACCGGCUCGAAUUCUACUGGAACGACCUCGAAGAUUUCGACGUUAUCAAGGGCUGUCUGACCAGCGCCCUCUCGUUCAACCUGUCGGUGUCGGUGGUGAAGGUGUACCACGGCCCGGAACUGGAAGAGGCGGCCGCCCACGACUGCGGCUUCUUGCCGCACGUGCAGCGGAACGAGAUGAUCCUCGCCUGGGCCGCGGAGGUCAUCCUGAGGGACGGCAUGUGGGCGGAGGCUGCCGCUGUCGUCGAGCUGCUGCACACCUGCGAGGCGCCUCUGGACCUGCUUCAGCGCAUCGCCGACAUCUCGCCCCGCACGGCCACCAAGCGCAUCCACGUGGCUCGCAUGGCGACGAGGACGCACUUUUACGCCCUCUCGUCUGCGUUCCGUGGCGAGCCCGAGUUCGUUUUGACGUCUCUUGGACAGCGGCUCUUUCAGGACCUUCUCAUUUUCGUGCGCCACGACGUGUUGAAAGCCGUGGCGUUCAUAAAGCCCCCUAGUAUGGAUCUGAGUGCCUGUGACUGAUUGGGAGUGAAGUGUUCAGUGCUAGAUAUUCGCUCGCACACAGCGGCUCGGCUCUUCGUGGAACCGACCAUUCGCAGCCGUUUCCAAGUGCUACGGCGAGGUUGCCUCAAGUAUAAAAUGUUUUAUUUUUAUUGUUUAAUUUUUCGACCGCUCUUUCCCCCUCUAAUUUUAGCUAGUUUUUAUUUGGCAGUCAUCACGCAUCUCUUUGCUGAUUUCCACCUAUUCUGUGCUGUAAUACUGGCUGCAAGUAACACAUUGCGAUUGUGAAUGCUCCUGUUUAGCCCUUGCACAUUGGCGACGUAAGUGCCUGCUGUAGAUGAUUAAUGUGAUUGCUAAGUACAAUAAACUUCUUUAUAUACGCA